CACUACCGAGCUCCUAGUGUACAUGGAGGUUCAGCAUGUAAAUCAGUCUCUGUCUCCAAACAUUCUUACUCUAAUCAUGGCUGUAAAAUUGGAAGCGCACAUGGUGGCUAUAGUCAUGGAAGCAGUUUUGGAGGCCACAGUGACUGGAAAAGUCAUGGCCUGCUUAGCACUAAUGAAAAGGAGACCAUGCAGAUUUUGAAUGACCGACUUUCAACGUAUUUGGAUAGGGUGCGCUCACUGGAAGAGGAGAAUGCCCAACUGGAGAGGAAGAUCUGUGAGUGGUAUGAAAACAAUGCACCCAGCUCAUUACCUGACUCCAGUCAGUAUUUCAGAAUCAUCCAGGAACUUCAGGGCCAGAUUGCUUCAGCAACUACAGAAAAUGCCAGGAUUAUUUUACAGAUUGAUAAUGCCAGAUUAGCUGCUGAUGACUUCAGGAGCAAGUUUGAGAUGGAGCUCAGUCUGAGUAACAGUGUUCAGGCUGAUAUUAAUAGCCUGCGCAGAAUCCUAGAAGCGAUGAACAGGGACAAUUGUGACCUGGAAAUGGAGGUUCAAAAUCUCCAGGAAGAAUUGCAGCAGAUGAAGAGGAAUCAUGAGGAGGAAGUUAACUGCCUGCGAGCUCAGUUAGGUGCCAGAGUCAAUGUGGAACUGAAUGCAGCACCAUCCGUAGACCUUAAUAGAACCUUAAAUGAGAUCAGAGAGCAAUAUGAAAACUUGAUGGACAGGAACAUGAGAGAGGUUGAAAACAUCUUCCGUGCAAGGAGUGAGGAGCUCAACCGUCAAGUAACAUUUGGGUCAGAACAACUGGAAUCUGUCACAUCGGAGCUAAUUGAGUUGAAGCGCUGUGCACAGACACUUGAGAUUGAGCUACAGAGUCAACUAAGCAUGACCUCAGCUCUUGAGUGCACAUUGGCAGAGACACAGUCCACUUAUGGUUCACAACUUGCCCAGUUACAAGGAAUGAUUAAUAAUUUGGAAGGACAACUGGCACAGAUAAGAUCAGAUCUGGAGCGCCAGAACCAAGAGUAUAGGAUACUCAUGGACCAGAAGAAUCACCUGGAAAUGGAAAUUGCUACAUAUAAGCGUCUGCUGGAUGGACAUGACAUACAGACAGAACCAAAUGCAGUGCUAGAUAUGAAAAAUGUAAACUUGCUGCAGAUUUCUGAGUAUGAGUGA